AGCUCAGCCCCGGGGCGGUGCCAUCCCGGGGCGGAGGCGGAACCCGGUGCCGAUUGUGGUCAAACCCCGACGGCGACAGUGUUUAUUACCCACCCCCCCACUAACUCCCCCCUCCCCCCCAAAGCCCCCCGUGUGUGUGUCCCCCCGCAGCUCUGUCGGGAUGUCGCGACCCUUGUCGGAUCAGGAGCGGCGGCGGCAGAUCAGCAUCCGCGGGAUCGUGGGAGCUGAGAACGUGGCGGAGCUGAAGCGGGGCUUCAACCGGCACCUCCACUUCACCCUGGUCAAGGACCGCAACGUGGCCACCCCCCGGGACUACUACUUCGCCCUGGCCCACACCGUGAGGGACCACCUGGUGGGACGAUGGAUCCGAACCCAACAGUACUACUAUGAGAAGGACCCCAAGAGGAUUUACUACCUCUCCCUGGAGUUUUACAUGGGGCGGACACUGCAGAACACCAUGAUUAACCUGGGGCUGCAGAAUGCUUGUGAUGAAGCCAUCUACCAGCUUGGGCUGGACAUGGAAGAGCUGGAGGAAAUUGAGGAGGAUGCUGGGCUUGGCAAUGGUGGGCUUGGCAGGCUUGCUGCUUGUUUCCUCGACUCCAUGGCCACCCUGGGGCUGGCUGCCUACGGCUACGGCAUCCGCUACGAGUACGGCAUCUUCAACCAGAAGAUCCGGGAUGGGUGGCAGGUGGAAGAAGCUGAUGACUGGCUCCGACAUGGCAACCCCUGGGAGAAAGCCCGUCCUGAGUACAUGCUGCCCGUGCACUUCUACGGCCGGGUGGAACACGGUGCUGCCGGUGCCAAGUGGGUCGACACCCAGGUGGUGCUGGCCCUGCCCUAUGACACCCCUGUGCCCGGGUACAUGAACAACACCGUCAACACCAUGCGCCUCUGGUCAGCCCGGGCACCCAAUGACUUCAACCUGCAGGACUUCAACGUUGGAGACUACAUCCAGGCUGUGCUGGACAGAAACCUGGCAGAGAACAUAUCCCGUGUCCUCUACCCCAAUGACAACUUUUUCGAGGGGAAGGAGCUGAGGCUGAAGCAGGAGUACUUCGUGGUGGCUGCCACUCUCCAGGACAUCAUCCGACGCUACAAAGCCUCCAAAUUCGGGAGCACGGAGAGCGUCCGGACUGUGUUUGAUUCCUUCCCUGACCAGGUUGCCAUCCAGCUGAACGACACACACCCUGCCAUGGCCAUCCCUGAGCUGAUGAGGAUUUUUGUGGACAUCGAGAAGCUGCCAUGGAACAAGGCCUGGGACAUCACCAAGCAAACCUUUGCCUACACCAACCACACAGUGCUGCCUGAAGCCCUGGAGAGGUGGCCCGUGGACCUGGUGGAGAAGCUGCUCCCCAGACACCUGCAGAUCAUCUAUGAGAUCAACCAGAGACACCUGGAUCACAUUGCAUCCCUCUAUCCUAAUGACGUGGACCGGCUGAGGAGGAUGUCCCUGAUAGAGGAGGAAGGCACCAAGAGGAUCAACAUGGCCCAUCUCUGCAUCGUGGGCUCCCACGCUGUCAAUGGCGUGGCCAGGAUCCACUCUGAAAUUGUCAAGACUGAGGUGUUCAAGGACUUCGCAGCCCUGGAGCCAGAGAAGUUUCAGAACAAAACCAACGGCAUCACCCCACGGCGCUGGCUCCUGCUCUGCAACCCGGGGCUGGCAGAGCUCAUUGCAGAGAAAAUAGGGGAGGAGUACGUGCGGGACCUGAGCCAGCUGACAAAGCUGCAGGAGUUUGUGGAUGAUGAGCUCUUCAUCCGAGAGGUUGCCAAAGUGAAGCAGGAGAACAAGGUGAAGUUCGCUCUGUACCUGGAGAAGGAGUACAAAGUGAAGAUCAACCCUUCCUCCAUGUUCGACGUGCAUGUGAAGAGGAUCCACGAGUACAAGAGGCAGCUGAUGAACUGUCUGCACAUCAUCACCAUGUUCAACCGCAUCAGGAGGGAUCCCUCAAAGGUCUUUGUGCCAAGGACGGUGAUCAUCGGGGGCAAGGCUGCUCCAGGAUAUCACAUGGCAAAAAUGAUCAUCAAGCUCAUCAAUGCUGUGGCUCACGUGGUGAACAAUGACCCUGCUGUGGGGAACAAGCUGAAGGUCAUCUUCCUGGAGAACUACAGAGUCUCCCUGGCAGAGAAAGUGAUCCCUGCUACUGACCUGUCAGAGCAGAUCUCCACAGCAGGCACGGAGGCAUCUGGCACAGGGAACAUGAAGUUCAUGCUGAACGGGGCUCUGACCAUCGGCACCAUGGAUGGAGCCAACGUGGAGAUGGCUGAGGAGGCGAGAGGAAACCUGUUCAUCUUUGGCAUGAGGGUGGAGGACGUCAUGGAGCUGGACAAGGAAGGGUACAACGCCCAGGGGUACUACAACCGGCUCCCCGAGUUGAAACAAGCCAUCGACCAGACAGAUGGCUUCUUCUCCCCAGAGGAGCCUGACCUCUUCAAAGAUGUGGUCAACAUGCUCUUCCACCAUGACCGGUUUAAAGUCUUUGCAGACUAUGAGGCUUAUGUCAAAUGCCAGGAGAAGGUCAACGAGCUCUACCUGAAUUCCAAGGCAUGGACCAAGAUGGUGAUCAAGAACAUCGCUGCGGCCGGCAAGUUCUCCAGUGACCGGACCAUCAAGGAAUAUGCCCGGGAUAUCUGGCACGUGGAACCCUCUGACCUGAAGAUCCCACCCCCCAACGAGCCCCGGGAUGCUGUUGAGGACAAGACCCUCAAUGGCAGGGUGGCAUAGGGGCCUGGGGCCACCACCGGGGGACACGAGCACGUAAAAUGGUCCUUGCUGCUGUCUAAUGUCUCUGUGGCUGCUGUUGGCCAUGCCAGGGAUGGGGAAGGAGGGGAAGAGGGGUGGGAUUUUGGUGAGGGAAGCGUGGUGGGGAAAGCAAACCCGUUUGGUCACCCUGUCACUGCAGAGGGGCUAAAAAUAAAGUGCCACCAGAGUCCAAA